CUGGCCAGGACUUGGGCCUGCGGGUCUCCAGACGACCCCCGGGGCGGGCGGGCGGGCGGAGAAGGGCGCGGCGCCUCCCGGGGCUGGGGCCGCGCAGCUGCCCGGGCUGGGGGAGGCGCUCCGGAAAUACAUUGCGCGCUUCGGAGUCAGGCGGCCCGCGUUUGGGACACAGAAAGUGACAGUCCCUGCAGGCACGUGCGCCCCGGCCGCCCACGUGGUGCCUGGGCUGGGUGUGAUCCCGGCUGUGGUCGCCAGCAUUGAGAGCCAGAGACCAUCCCGCGCCCAGCCCCCUGCCUGCCCGCCCAGCCUUGUCACCCGAGCGCGCGUGGCACUCGGGGUCUGGAGCCCGUACCUGCCUGUGAUGGACCGCAGCCUUUCCAAGACUCCGUAUCGAUGACCAGGGCAUUGCCGGAUGUUUCUUUAAAGAGCGCUUGCCCUUGAGCGAUGGCAGAAGCUGUGUUCCACGCCCCAAAGAGGAAAAGAAGAGUGCACGAGAGCUACGAGUCUCCCCUGCCGAUCCCCCUCGGCCAGGACCCAGGUCCCCGGAAGGAGUUCAGAGCAUUCCGGGCUGAGAUGGUCAACAACCACGUGAUCGUGAGGAGCCCGGCGGACAUGGAGCAGCUGUACGGGAAAGGUUAUUUUGGAAAAGGCACUCUCUCAAGAAGCCGUCCAAACUUCUCCCUGUCGGACCCGAAGCUGGCUGCCCAGUGGAAAGAUGUGGAGACCAGCAUGCCCAUCGUCACGGCAGAGAGGUAUCAGCGUCAUCUGGCCUGGGCCACGGAGCUCCUGCGCAGACAGGGCCAGGACGAGAGCACCGUGCGCAGGGUCCUUGAGGAGUACACAAGGCCACUCAAGCGUCCCGGAGAGAGCAGCGCAGAGGGGCGACUGCGGGCUGGGCCCGUGGCGGGGACAGGGACAGAGGGACUUCCUGGCAUGGAUGGAGCCUCUGGAACCGCAGAGGAGGCGGGAGAGGCCGGCCUGGGCUCUGGGCCUGGCCCACUGGUUGCAGCCAGCUUUGGGGAGCACACGGGAGAGGACCCUGCGUCUGCUCCCCAGGUCCCUGGCUGUGCACAGGACACGCUCAGCCCGCAGAGUUGCCUUGAGCCUGCGGCCAGUGGCCCACUAGCCGGCAUCCUGUGUACCGGAGAGAGGGAGCCCGGCCCCGAGUUCGUGCUCGUGGAGGAGGAGACGAGCAGCAGGAGCGAGGGGGAGGACACCCCGGAGGAGGAGUUGGUGCAAAGAAAGAGGUUAAUAUGCAGAAGAAACCCCUACCGGAUCUUCGAGUAUCUGCAGCUCAGCCUGGAAGAGGCCUUCUUCCUGGUCUAUGCGUUGGGGUGUCUGAGUGUCUACUACAAGAAGGAGCCCCUGACGAUCGUAAAGCUCUGGCAAGCGUUCACAGCAAUUCAGCCCACAUUCAGGACGACCUACGGGGCCUACCACUACUUCCGGAGCAAGGGCUGGGUGCCCAAGACGGGGCUCAAGUAUGGGACAGACCUGCUGCUGUAUCGGAAAGGCCCUCCAUUUUACCAUGCCAGCUAUUCUGUCAUCGUGGAGCUCGUGGACGAGCGCUUCGCAGGCCCCCUCCGCAGACCUUUCACUUGGAAGUCGCUGGCCACCCUCAGCAGAGUUUCAGGCAAUGUCUCCAAGGAACUUAUGCUGUGCUACCUGAUUAAACCCGCCACCAUGACCGACAAAGACAUGGAGUCCCCAGAAUGUCUGAGGAAAAUUAAGGUUCAGGAAGUGAUUCUCAGUCGGUGGGUGUCUUCCCGGGAGAGAAGCAACCAAGACGAGCUGUAGCAGUCUGUCCUCGGGCCUCGUUCCCCCAAAAGCCAGGUUCAGAGAGGUGAAACGUCCUUCCACAUCACUGGAAAAGGCAGGAUGCUCGCAGCGUCAGAAAACUGCUCAUGCUGUAAAAGAUAAAGAUACAGCAGUCGGGGGUAGAGCUCAGCAUGCCAGCCCUGGGCUCCGUGCCUGCAGGGGCUUGUGCUGGGACUACAGGUUCUGUCCUCGAGCAGCUCACAAAACUCCCACUGAGCCUGAGUUUUCUGACCCUGUCCUCGCCCACUGGAGGUGACCAGCCAGCUGCUCAGAGGACUGUCCUGCUCGCGAUGUUUACCUGGAGAUGGGACAGCACUCUACAGUUCAUCACGCACCUUCGUACACAGCUGUCUCUUGCUGCUCACGUCUAGUCUGUUCCAGAGAGGACAUCGGAGAAUAGAUCGAGGGAUCACCUGACCCCGUGUUCCCAUUACUUCAAAUGGAAAAGACACCAGUGUGUCUCAGCUUUUCCAAGGCCUUCAACCAGUGAGACAUGCACAGCGUUAUAUUACCUCAGAGGUCUCUUCAUUCUAUGACUGCUUUAUCGUGAGAUCAGAUAUCCCUGAUGUUUUAACAGCGAGUUUGGUAAGUGUGGUCCCUAAAGUCAGGGUGCUGAAGUGUUCGUCUCUGACCUGCCGUGUACAGGGGCAGCCUGGGAAGCCUGUGACACUGAGCUCUAGUCAUCUCGUCUGUAAACCCCACAGGGUCGCACUGCGGGUGUGAGCGACAUCGUGCAAGGAAAAUGGUACGUUGGUGCAUACCAGCCAUGGAAGCAUCUUUGGGGCAGAAUGCGUCUACAGAAAUAAAUGUUGGCUAUAAUUUCA